GCGAUGGAACUCGGAAUCGAACGAGAUCGGUUAGUCUACGGACCCAGAUCCUCAUCAUGAACUCAGAUAGCUUUCUCCUCAGCAUUUGGUGAAAUAAAGUAAUGUCCCGUUGGCCAGCCGCCUGAGUCGACCGCCGAAGUAAUCGAGCGCACGCGUUCCUGGGAGAAGUAAACACGCACAGCGGCAAGCGAGCAAGCGAAGCUAGCCAUGGCAUUCACCGACGACUUAAUACCGCUGCUCAAGGGUUCGCCUAUCACCAGUAUCGCAAUCGCGGUCGUGACGCUCCUGGUCAUAUACCUCUUCGUGGGAGCGAAAGCCGACGAGCGCGAGCCGCCAUAUGUGAAGCCGGGAAUCCCGUUCAUCGGCCAUGGCCUGGGACUCAUGUUCCAGGGGACGCCGUAUUACAAGAUCAUCGCCGCCAAAACCGACGCCCCCAUCUUCUCCCUCAACCUCCUGGGAACUCGUCUGUAUAUCGUCAAAUCUGCCAAGAUUGUCGCCGCCGUGCAACGCAAUGCCAAAAUCCUCUCCUUCGACCCGUUCCUCACCGCCGCCGCCGAGCGCAUGGCCGGCAUCACCGGUCCCGGUCUGAAGCUACUCCAGGAAACCCAUGCGGGCGGCGGAGGACUCAACCAGACCGUUGUGCAUGCGAGUAUCCCAUCAUUGAUGGGCAGUGGACUCGACGAGAUGAAUCGCACGAUGCUAGUGAAGAUUGGACCGCUAAUGGACCAGCUUAUCGAUGGUCCAAGGAGCGAGAUCGAUUUGCACAGGUGGUGUCGCGAUGUGAUUACUACUGCGAGCAGCGAGGCGGUCUGGGGGAAACAGAACCCUUUCCGGUCGGAGCAGACGACGGAGGAUUUCUGGUAUUUCGAAUCCAACCUCAACAUUCUCCUGGCGAACAUGCUCCCCUGGAUCACCGCGCGGAAAGCGUACCAGUGCCGAGAGCGCUUCGUCGACGCGAUGGAGGCCUUUGCGCAAUCCGGCGGCUACGAGGAAAAAGACUGCUCCGAGCUCGCCCGUGCGCGUCGGGAUGCCCAGCGCGAUGGCGGCGCCACGGUCCGCGACACGGCGAGACUGGAGAUGAGCCUCAACAUUGGCGUGCUCUCCAACACCGUGCCGUCGACGUUCUGGUGCAUGUUCGACAUCUUCUCACGCCCGGAUCUCCUCGCCGCCAUCCGCCGCGAACUCGAGACGCACGCCGUGGUCACCCCCGACCCGUCGGCGCCACACAAGCGGGCGGUGGAUAUCAGCUUGAUCCGCGGCGACUGCCCCUUGCUCGUCGCCGCGUUCCAGGAGAUGCUCCGCCUGCACUCCAACGGCGCGCCCAUCCGCUUCGUGUACGAGGACGUCGUCCUCGACAACCAGUUCCUCCUGAAGAAAGGGUCCAUCCUGCAGAUGUCCGCGCCGGUGAUCCACUCGGAGCAGACACACUGGGGUCUCGACGCCUCCAAGUUCGACGCCACGCGGUUCGAUAGCCAUGUAGCCAUCGCGGGGCAGAAGGCGACCAAGGCGCACACGAAGCCGCGAGCGACGUCGUACAUGGCGUGGGGCGCGUCGCCGAAUUUGUGCCCGGGCAGACAUUUCGCCACGGCGGAGAUUCUCGCUGUGGCUGCGAUGUUGGUUCUCAGAACGGAUAUUACGCCUGUCAAGGGUCAUUGGUGGACGCCGAAGUUAAAUUCGAAUGCGAUGGCUGCAGCCAUGUCACCGCCUGGUGAGCCGUAUCCUGUGAGGAUACAGAGGCGCAAGGAAGUCGAGGGGAUUGAGUGGUCGUUUAUUGUUAGCGGGCAGAAGGAUAAAUUUGGGCUGAUCACGGGAUAACAUUCAGAGCGAGGUAAUGUGAGGAUAUUCGCAAAAUCCGGUUCCGCGCGUAGAUCUUUAAGUUGAUGUAUUCUGAUGUGCAAGUGUAUACCUAGGUACUCACAGUGAGUGCCAGACAUCGUCAUGUAAUAGUAGAGCGAGCGGUUCUGAUCC